UUUGGUAAAUAUUUUAUUUAAGCAUUAUGUUUUUUUUGUUUAAACUAAUUUAUGUUUCUUAAUUUAUUGGAUCAGUCUAUAUAACACGGUUAUAAUUCAAACUAAUUAUAUUUGGUAACAUUUUCAUAUUAGACAAAUGUUUGAAAUCAAAUACAAAAAGUACAAACUUUACCUUAAUUAAAACUAAGCUUAGUUGAAUGGAGGGAAAAGAGAAGGAGAAAAAGAAAAGCUUAAAAAAUGUCAACGAUUCACCGAAGAUCUCAGCUUCUUCUGCAAUAAUGGCAAUGGGUUUCGAUUUCAAUGAGAUGAACAAAACAAAGAAGACUUUAAUUGGACUUGGCUUGGGACAGAUCCUCUCACUUCUAUGUACUUCUAAUGCCUUCACAUCCUCUGAGCUCGCCAGAAAAGGAAUAAAUGCUCCAACGUCACAAACGUUCCUCAGUUAUACAUUACUGGCAGUCGUCUAUGGAGGUAUCAUGCUCUAUCGGAGACCAACAAUUAAGGGGAAGUGGUAUCACUAUUUCCUCCUUGCUUUAGUUGACGUGGAAGGCAAUUUUCUUGUGGUGAAGGCGAAUCAGUACACAUCGAUUACGAGUAUCAUGCUACUUGAUUGCUGGGCGAUCCCUUGUGUGUUGGUCUUAACUUGGAUGUUCCUGAAAACAAAAUACAGAUUAAUGAAGAUCAGUGGUGUAUUUAUCUGUAUUGCUGGUGUUGUCAUGGUACUCUUCUCUGACGUUCACGCAGGAAGUCGAGCAGGUGGAAGUAAUCCUGUUAAAGGAGAUUUUCUUGUUCUAGCUGGAGCAACUUUAUAUGCUGUCAGUAAUACCACCGAGGAGUUUCUUGUGAAGAAUGCAGACACAGUUGAGUUGAUGACCUUCAUGGGACUUUUUGGAGCCAUUAUUAGUGCCAUUCAGGUAGCCAUAUUCGAACAAGGUGAGCUCAAAGCUAUUCACUGGUCAGCUGAUGCAGUUUUCCCUUUCCUUAGAUUCGCAAUCACGAUGUUCCUCUUCUAUUCACUACUACCGAUUUUACUGAGGACUAAUGGUUCAACAAUGUUCACCCUCUCAUUGCUGACAUCAGACAUGUGGGCGGUUUUGAUCCGCAUUUUCGCAUACCACGAGAAGGUUGAUUGGCUCUACUACUUGGCAUUUGCUACAACAGCUAUUGGACUAAUCAUAUACUCAAUGAAGGAGAAAGAUGAGGAAGAAGAAAGAGAGGAGCAGAGGAAGAAACUGUUGGAUGAGGAGGAAGGUCAAUCACUUCCAGACACAUCGUUAUAGUUGCUUCCACCGGAACCCUAACCAAAGGGAUAUGAGAUAUUAUAGAUUAUUUUUUCCGGGAAAAACAAAGGGAAUUUUUUUUGCCUAAAGACAAGAAAAUGUUUGACUAAUGGCUUUGUCUGUCUGAUUGUUUUGAGUAAUAGUAUGAUGUAUGAAUAUGCCUGGAUGUUUCAGCUUUUUCCACAGUAUCAGAGUAAUUUGUGUACCAAAACAAUCAAAACCCUAUGGUUCUCUCGAAAAUCUCCAUCUCCAUUGAUAUCCUUCUUGCCACAACCUUUU